CAUGACGUCACCGUCUGUUGACAUUCUCCGCCAUGUUAAGGUUUAGCCGGGACACAGGGCUUUGUUUACUUGUUUUCAUUUCUUAAAAUCAUAGAUAAUUAACAAAUGCAAUCUAAAAGCACUCAAAAGAUCGAAGAUUCGUCUAUUUAAUUACCUAAAAAAGAAGAAACAGAAAGGAAGGAGUGAUUGAGGAAGUAAAUUGGUAAAUAGACAACACGUAUAGAAGUUUUGAGACAAACUCAUUAGUUAGGGAAGUUACACUCUUAGGUAGUGAUACCAGUUGUUGGAUACUCUUUCCCUAGACAGGAAACCAGUACUGGUGUUGUGAACAGUUUUCCUGGCUGGUUUGUGGUCAGUCUGUGAGCCAAAUGCAUGACAAUAUGGCCUCAGCUGACGAACCAGCCAGUAUGGAGUGUAUACUGAAGUCUGAGUUGUUCCCGAAGAAAUCUUUGGUGUGUGAGGAUGAUUCUCUCCAGGUACCCUUCCCUCUGCUCUGUGGAGAGGCUGUGGAGUACCUAGGGAGGACAGCUGAUGGGGUCAUUGCUCUCUCCAACUUCAGGCUGCUGGUCAGGUCCAAGGACAGCUUUAUCAACAUUCCUCUAGGGAUGGUGGAGUUGGUCGAGUGUAGGGAAAUAUUCUCCGUUAAUAUCUAUUGCAAGGAUGCCACUGUUGUCAGGUGUGACUUCAGUACUAAUGACUCUUGCCAAGACUGGUUCAAAAGGAUAACACAGCGAACCAGUAUACCUAAGGAAUUAAGUGGCCUGUUUGCUUUUGCCUUCUUUGCCUGGUGCCAAGACAGAAGUCCAUGUCCUUCUGAACAUGAAGUCUGUUAUCAGCUUUGUCAGCAAGUAGAAAGAUUCACUUUUAGCUUUGGGAAAGAAGUGGAACGUAUGAAGUUUGAUCUGAAGAGUAAAUCUUCCUGGAGAAUAACUUAUGUCAAUGAAGAUUUCAGUGUGUGUUCCUCCUAUCCUAAGUGUCAUAUAGUACCAGCCUGUAUUACAGAUAAACAUUUAGGAGACGUGGCAGGUUUUAGAGCUCAGAGGAGGUUUCCAUCUGUUGUAUGGAGAGACCAAAGAAAUGGUGCAGUGUUAGUAAGAUGUAGCCAGCCUGAAUUAGGUUGGCUAGGAUGGAGGAGUACAGAGGACGAGAAAAUGUUAGAAUCUGUUCCUAUAGCUUGUUCACAGAACCCAGGAACGUAUACCAAAUAUCUUGGUAUUAAUGAUGAUUCAUCUGGCUCGGAGUCUGGUUCACAGAAUGGAGAUGUAGGAACUGCCAUCAAUACAGAGAACAAAAAGAUGAUUAUAAUGGACUGUAGAUCUUACAGUGCCGCUGUGGCAAACAGGGCAAAAGGGGGAGGAGUGGAGUGUGCAGAGUAUUACCAGAAUUCAGAGAUACAGUUUAUGAAUUUGGCCAACAUCCAUACUAUACGUAAAAGUUACGUAGCGUUGAGAGCGUUGUGCAGUGGAGGUGCUGAUCAACCAGCUUGGUUAUCAACAUUAGAGACUACUAAAUGGUUUACCUAUCUCAGUGCUAUACUGAAGUCAGCUCUAGUGGCAGUGAACUCUAUAGAUAAGGAAGGGAAACCUGUACUGGUUCACUGUUCUGAUGGCUGGGAUAGAACCACACAGAUUAUAGCCUUAACAGAAUUACUACUGGAUCCUUAUUAUAGGACCUUAGAGGGAUUUCAAGUAUUAGUUGAGAGAGAAUGGUUAGAUUAUGGCCAUAAGUUUGGUGAUAGAUGUGGUAAUGGUAUAAAUACAGAAGAUUUAAAUGAAAGAUGUCCUGUGUUUCUACAGUGGUUAGACUGUGUUUAUCAACUGUAUCAUCAGUUCCCUUGUGCAUUCCAGUUCAAUGAAGCAUAUCUGGUGAAGUUGAUGCAGCAUACCUAUUCUCAUUUGUUUGGUACAUUCCUCUGUAACAACACACGGGAAAGGGAGUCCAACCAGCUCAACCUUAGAACAGCUUCUGUAUGGUCGCUACUCAACAACAAAAAUAAUAAAUUUACAAAUCAUCUUUACUGCCCAUCUCUAGAACAACAGGUGUUGUAUCCAUCAUACAAUGUGAGAAGCCUACAGCUUUGGGCAUCAGUUUAUCUAUCAAAUAAUUUAUCAAGGACAAGUUCGGAAGAUUUAUCUGCAGACAAACAGGAACAAGAGCCCUCUUGUAUGACUUGUAAUUUACAUAAAACUAGGUCAUGUGAAAAUCUUUUGGCCAAUCAGGAGGCUCCAGUUCCAAGUCCGAGUCGACGCAAAAGUGAUCCUAGCAUUGCGCUAGAAAAUUUUGAUCAGGCUGUUCAUCAGACCAAAGAUACAAGUCAUCACGUCCUGUCAGACUUCAAAGACACUGCUGACAGGCGGGACAUCAACGAUUCCAAAAUACCAAAAAGUAUUCCACUAGAAAAUGGACAUAGACCGUUAAUGGGAAAUGGAGUGGUUCAAAACGGGAAUAGUAAUGACCUUAAUAAAAGUGAUAAUUUAGAUAAUCAGAUUUUAGUGAAUGGACAUUCUGAAUUGACCCCUGACUGUGAUGAUAAACUAGGUAAAAACAUUGUUCAGAAUGGACAUAUGAAUGGGAAUACUUCCGAUUCAGACAACGAAAGUGGUGGAAGUCCAGUUAGGACAUUCGGCAAAACUAAUAGUGAAAAAACAUUAUGUGAUAUAAAUGGAAUUGAAAGCUCAACAGAUACUUUAGUUGAUGAAAAUGAUUUGUCAAAAAUUAAUGGACGACUAAAAAUAGUGUCGAGGAGUGUAGAAAACUUAAUCCCUGCCAAAACAGCGAUAGACAAAUUAAAAUCAUUAGAAAGCAGUUCUACGAUCAGUACGAGUACAAGUGAAAUAAGUAAUUCCAGUAUUGAACUAUCAGGUUCUACUUCUGAUGGAGACAAUCUGCGUAAUCUGACAUGUUUACUGCACCAAUCAAAUGCUCUGAAGUUGUCGUAUAAAACCAAUGGCUGUGUCAAACAAUUAACAAAUGGGUCGUUGUCUCCAAACAGAUUAUAUCCUACUCCAACUAGUUCUAGAACUCCUAAUUCUACAUGUCCGCCUACACCCGGAGCUGAUAGUAAGUCAACGACAGAAUCACACAUCCAUAGACAGUUAAAUGGUAUCAGUCGCUAUCUUGACGUGGAUGGAUUGACAAUCUUCAAUGAACCUGUACAACAACGAAUGUUACAGGUCAAGUCUGACUACGAACGACAGAUCCAGCUUCUGACAUCACAGCUAGAGGAGACAAGAGCAGCAUUGAUACACCACGCCUCAGCAUGUAAUGGGGCAGGCAGAUGUUUGUUAGAUAACUUAAGAGAUGAUUUGUUGAUGUCACCCGAUUCCAAUGGAGAGAUGAAUUCCUUAGGAGGGUGUAGUAAUGCGUCAGACGUUAGCUGGGAACAGCUGGACGAAUCCGAUGCUAAGAUUGUUAAGUGGGUUCCUGACUAUGUGGCUACACAUUGUGCGGGAUGUAAUAGUGGGUUUAAUCUCGUGAAGAGGAAACAUCAUUGCAGGAAUUGUGGGAAUAUUUUCUGUCAUGAAUGUAGUAAUAACUACACGCCUAUCCCUCAUCAGAACUUAGUGGGAGAGGAACGGGUCUGUUUUAAGUGCUUCAGUUUUCUUCAAAAACUACCAUUUAAUGGAAUGAUAGAUGAAAGACCAUUGGCUGCUGCUGCUUCCAACUGACUAAUCAGAAACAUUGGUACUAAAAGAUGAAUAAGUCAUACUGUGAAAGCAAGAAAGAUAACUUUCAGUUUCAAUUUUUCUUGUACCGAUAUUCAGUAACUUGUACUUAUCUUUUGGGUUCAGCUGUUCAACUAGAUUUUUUCAAUUUGUAUACUAUUUAUUUAUUUUUAUGUAAAAAUAAUUUAUUUAAUUACUUUUCUAAAAUAUGUAUAUAUUCCACCAAGUUUUGUUUUUUCAUAAAUUGAUUUCAAUGAGAAUAGGACAGUGGGGAUAACUCUUGUUUCUAUUUGUACUAAUUAACUAUUGAAGUCUGCAGAUUUCUGUUAAAACAGCUUUAAUUUAUGGAUUCUGAACCCAUAGAUAUAGUAUACAUUACUGUAUAUCACAUCUAGUCUUUUUAAGUUAUAUAAAAAAAAUUGAGAAUUAUUUUUUUGAAUUUUAUGUCUACUUUUGUUAACAAGGGCAAAUUUGAAUUUUGUAUUUCCCUUGGUUUAUUUUGAUUCCAUGUAAUGGGUCAGUGGACUUUAAAAGGAUUGGAUUACGUAGCUCAAACUUAUAAUUAAUUAAAUCAUUGUUGAUGCCUCAAUGUAGGCUUUUAAUUUAAUAAAUGUCAUGCUUACAAAAAGAGGUGGUUAGCCAGUCAUUAUUUUCUGUGAGAAUGUUUUAUAGAUUUUUAAUUUUAAAUAAUUUUGAUAUCAUAUGAUGGUGUUUUGAAUUUUUCACUUAUGGGGGUAUACCUUGGUCCAAGGUGAUAACUCUUUUAAUCAGUUUGUAAAAGUCAAGUUUCAUCAGAGUAUUUUAAGCAUUUACCUGAAACAGAUUGAAAAUAAUCUAUGUAACCUAGAAGCUUAGAAUAUAUUUAUGAAAAUGGUUGACACAAACGUACAGAUGAUUUUAAUAGUUCUUUCCCUUGACCAAGGUUUAAAAACCGUUCCAUAAUUUAAUGUAUGUUGGUUUGUUGGCUCUCAUUCAGAAUUUCAAAAACUUUAUUUUUGCUUUAAACUUCUGUA